AUGGGACUGAACACUUUACUUCGAGGCGUGGCUUUGCUCGCUCUCGCCAGCCGCAUCGAUGCUGUGCCUGUGGUAUCUGAAGCCCAGACCACUUUUUCAUCAAAGGCAUCUUUUGUUCCACCGGCGAUUCCUGUCACAGAUGUCUCUUCCCACGGCACAUAUACCGGUCCAAAACCAACCACCACUGGGGCCCUGUCAAACACUGUACUUGCGCCCUCGGUCCCUGCUCGGCCUCCUCCUCCAGACUCUUUCAAGUACCCGGCAGAUGGGAAACUACACGGUCCUCAGCCGGCUCCAUACACACCCAGCGGAGGCAUCGGCACCAACGGGUCUGCUCCAGUGUACCGCGUCCAGAGUGACUUCGACUACCAGUCUCUUGCACUGGCACUCUACCAGGAGUGGAUUGAGCUGGAUCUAUUCCACUGGGGGCUAGCAACCUUUUCCAAUGAAGAUUUUGAGGCCUAUGGAAUUAAUGCUGAGGACCGCUUUCUCAUCGAGUACAUGGCUGACCAGGAAGUUGGCCACGCCACCGUCAUCAGUCAUAUGCUUGGCCCCGAAGCACCGAAGCAGUGCACCUACAACUACCCAGUCUCCAAUGUUCCAGAAUUCAUCGACUUUAACCAGAAACUUACCCGAUGGGGAGAGUCUGGUGUCUAUGGCUUCCUGCCCCAUCUCAACUCGGGACCUGCGGCACAACUGUUGCUUCAGAGCAUUACAAUUGAGGCUCGGCAGCAGAUGAUCUUUCGCCAAUUUGGAGGGCAGUUUGCCAUGCCCGAGUGGCAUACGCCUGGUAUCCCCCAGAGCUGGGCCUGGACUCUGCUCGCCCCUUACAUCUCGAGUUGCCCCUACAAUCAAACCCGACUAGUCUGGCAGAACUUUCCCGCACUUCACAUCCUGAACCAGCCGAAUCCAGCGCGGAUUAACGGGUCUGAUGUGUGGAAUGAAACGACUGGCGGAUACGCCAACACUCUAUCCACUGCCGAUAUUCCCAAGGAUGAGCUUUGUGUCAAUGCAACGGACAAGACACUGGACUGUGGUGCAGCAAUCACUCAGAACCGCAGCAUUCCUCUCUCAUACCCUGAUCGCCAAGUAUUCCUGCAAUGGGAUGAGCCAGGCAAAGCCAUUGGACCCAACAAUAGCUACAUCACAUCAACCAAUGUCAAGGAGCCCAAAUACGCGGCCUGGGUCUCGCAGCUCAACGUCACGUACUCGCGGUUGCAGAAUAUCAGCAGCGAUGAUAGAACAGCUUACACUAUUCAGCCCAACGUCUCGACCUGGGCUGGCGACCCUGCGAUUAACGGGACUAUGUUCCUGGCGUUGACGGAUACGGAUCUUUAUGUUACUCCCUACAACCUCACCCAGAUUAACCCACACGUGGCGGCGCUGGCGGUCUACCAGGCUGGCUAA